AGUAUUAAAGCAACUCCUGGUAUUAAAACAACAGUUAUUGAAUCCUUAUUGGUGUAAAAAUGACUCUCUAUAUUGAUGUAAAACUAAGAUUUAAAGAUGAAAACGUGGUAUCUACAGUCAGUUUAUGGCAUCCUUCUUUGCCAUUGUUAGCUGUUGGUUCAUUCAAUCAAGAGAAAGGGGGUUGUGUAACAAUAUUUCAAGAAAAUGGUCAAAUAUUAGAAGGAUGUGACUGGCCUGUAUUGUCAUCUAACCAAGCCACAGCUUUAGCAUGGCAUCCAACCAGAAGACUUCUUGUUGUAGGCUGGGAUGGUGGAGAGCUCUAUAUUUGGUUAGAAUAUGCUUGGGCUCGUUUGGAAGCACCACAUAAUGCUGCUUUAACCUCGGUAACUUUUAGUCCUGGUGGAGGGAGGCUUCUGGCCUCAGAUGCAUCUGGAUCAUUAUCUGGUUGGCAAUCUAGUUCUGGUGCACCUUUAACAGCAUUUCAUCAUCAACUAGGAGAUGUAAUAACUCAUGUAAAGUUUUGUGCUCCACUUCCAUCAUCAGAAUCUUCUAUAAGAGGGCUAGCACGAGCAGCUGUUGCAGGUGAUGAGAAUGCACUGGAUGUUUUAGCUGCUUGGAGACCGCGCACAACAGCCAGAAUGAGAGAAAAUUAUCAACCAGAUAAUUUUGCUUGCUAUGCUGCCCAAGACAAUGGUAUUAUAUUAUAUAUUGAUCAUUCAGGAUCCUGCUCUGAAGUAUUAAACGCACCUGGUGUAAUUGUUUUCCUGGAUAUUAUAAGCACUAUUUAUCUUUUGGUUGCAUGGGAAUCUGCAGGAGCAAUAAGUUUAUCUAGAUUUCUUAUUGCCAAUGAUGGUUCAUUGACUACUGACAGCCAUGUAAGAAUGUCAUCAAAAAAUGGUCAAGGUAUUGUUUUAGUAGGAAACUUUUUAGUAGCAGUCAUUACUGGUGAUAAAGUCAUAAGAGUAUGGGAUAGUGAAACUGGAGAGAAUGAAGUGUUGCCCAAUGAAGGUGAGGAAACAACAGAAGGAGAAACAUUUACAAGCAUAAGUUUCUGCAGUUUAAGUGAUACACUUUGUUGUGGAACAUCUCAAGGAAACUUAUAUCUAUGGAGACGUGAUCACAAAAAUAAGUGGAAAUUAUUAAGCAGCACUUCUGUAAAGGGUACUGUGAAGGAAAUCUGUUGGGGCUCCGAAGGCCUUAUGAAUCCUCUUUUACAUGUUAACUGUAUAACAAGUGCUUUCAUAUUAUCGGAACAACAUAUAUGCUGGGGAUAUUCAGCGAAGCUUUGUAUGGUUCAGAAGUCAGCAAAUGAAAUUAAUGUCAUAGAAAGAAAUAAUACAACUUCAUGUAUAAAUUCCACAUUAACAAUAAAAACAUUUGCUUUUAAAGAUAAUUAUGUUGCAUUGGGAGAUAGCAAUGAUAUACAGAUUUGGAUGUGUUCUAAAGACGACGAAACAAAAUUUGCACAUAUACGCACAUUCUCCUGGAAAACCAGUGCUAUUUUUAUGUAUAAUGAAGUUUUGGUUGGGAUUGCUAAUCCUCACAUUGAAUGUUACUCUGUUCAUGGAAAUAAAUUAGGAAUACUUCCAAGCAUUGAAGGAGAAGGCGAGCCGAUUGCAGUAACAAAUACAAAUAAAUUUAUAGUUGUGGCAACAAUUGAUGGUGUGCUCAAACUCGCCGAAAUUACAAAAAAAGGACUAAGAAUGCCCUAUCCACCAAAGAAUUGUUUUCAAAUAUUUGAAGAUUUCGGGGAAGUGAUGCGAGCUUCAGUAAACUUGAAUGGAAAUUAUAUAUGUUUGAGCAUCGCUAAUUCCGGUUUAGCACCGGACCCCAGAAUAUAUCUAUGGGAUGUAGCAAAUGAUAAAAUUACAAGUACAUUGCUUUCUGAUAAUCAAGCGCCUCCGUAUCAAAGUGUGCCUAUUGCUAUUUUAUGGGAUACUUUAGAUCCUAGAUUAGUAGCAGUCCAUUUGCGCUCUGUUGAUUUCGAUCGCGUUCAUUUGUUUUUUUGCCACGAAGGCAUCCUUCAUGAGUACAAAAAUUGGUGUCCAACUUUUGAUAAUUACUUUACGUCCGAUUUUCUUCUAUGUUCGUUGCAUUCGCCACAUGUUGUUAUUCUUUCUCGACAAAAUAUGCAAAAGAUAUUAUUUAAUGAAUUUGAUCAGUCUAAAGAAGAUGAUAGCACUGCAAUUAAGGAUACCAUGAAUUUUUUGUUUUAUAUGAGCAUUGGAUUAUUGGAAAAGGCUGUUAUUAUUGGUACAAACAUAGCAGGAGCGAGAAAGGCUGUAGUAUGGACCAGUUUGGCUAAAGAAUGUGUGCUUCGUAAAAGAGCCGAUGUUGGUGCAGUUUGCCUGAGCAAAAUGGGCAAUCUAAAAGGUGCUUUAAUGAUGCGAAAGGUUAUGAGUGAUGAUAGCACGGAUGAGACAUCUAAAGUGGGAGUGCUUGCCGUCAACCUUGGUAUGAUAGAUGAAGCACAACGUCUGUUUCGCGAAAAUAAAAGACUUGAUCUUGUUACACGUCUAAUAUCCGCAAAAGAUGGUGGCUUAAAUGAUAUUCUAAAUGAAGACACUGAAGGCGAAAACGUACUUCUUAUAAAAAGUGCACAACAUAAAUUAGCGAAAAUUAGCUGGAUGAAUGGAGAUGUGGCUGCAUCUUUUAAAUUAUUUGAGAAGUCAGGCACUCUGGUCCCACAUGUACCAAGAAUGCUUAUUGCCCAAGGUCAAGCGCCGAUGUUAGCCCAAUAUGUAUCAACCUCAAAAGACGCUAAACUGAUUAUCUGGUGGGGUCAUUAUUUAGAGAGCAUAGGCGAUCUAGACGGUGCAUUACAAGGCUAUUCUCAAGCCAAUGAUUUUGGUGAACAAACGCGUUUAUUGUGUCAUAUGGAUAGACUUGAUGAAGCUGAAAAACUAUGUCAGAAAAAUUCUUCCUCGUUGUAUCAAAUGGCACGGCAUCUAGAGGUGCAUUCUAAGGAGACUGAAAACAUUGUCAAGAUGUAUAUAAAGAGUGGAGCUAUCGUAUCAGCUAUUCGCGUUGCAGCUGAAUCAAAUGCAUGGCAUUUAGUUUGGCGAGCAGGUUCUUCAUCUCCAAAGCAUGCGCUCUAUGCAGCAUCAAUACUUGAGAAUGCAGGGCAGAUGGAGCAGGCGAUAUCUUUGUACCAAAAGGCAGGUAAGGGUCACAUGGCGUUGAAACUGGCGAUGACUUCCGGAGACACGAACGCAAUAGUUACGGCCGUUGAGUCGCUGGGAGAUCGCGUAGACCCCGCCCUAGCUGAGACGCUCGCGACUCACCUUAGGAACGCUGAGCAUCAUUCACAGGCAGCUGCUUUACUGGCAACUGCUGGAAAGUUUGAAGAGGCAUUAGACCUGGUUGAGAAUUCUACUGCUCCCAUAUCGGAGGAGUUGAGCGAGCGUCUCGCUGCACCGGUAGGAACUUCCGGGCGUGACGUGUUGUUACGUCGGUUAGCGGAUAUGCUUGGGGCAAGGGGCCUGUACCAUCAGGCGGCUAAGCGAUUGGCUAAUAUUGGUGACAAGGCUGGGGCAAUGCGUUGGCUGAUCCGUUCUGGGGACGCAGAACGAAUUGCAACAUUUGCCGCUGCCAGUCGAGAUCGAACCGCCCAGUUAAUGGCGGCGGAUUAUUUACGAAGGCGGGCGCCUUGGAAGACCCGACCGGAUUUAACAAGGCACAUCCUUCACUUUUAUACGAGGGCGAAGGCCUAUGGAAAGCUAGCGGCUUUUUAUGCAGAGUGCGCUAAGAUGGAAGUUGAUGAGUAUGAGAACUACGAGAAAGGGCUGGAGGCGCUUAAAGAAGCUUCACGCUGUAUAGCUAAAUCUACAGAUCCAGAAAUGAAUGCUCAAUCUAUAGCAAUUCAAGAACAAAGUACUUUAGUUAAACGGUUUAUUGAUGUGAAGAAGACAUUACAAGGUGGAGAUAUAAAUACAGGAGUAACCAGUGGGCAACAGCUAAUGCGCAGUGUGAGUGGUAGACCCGGUCUUGUUACACAAGAGAAAAUAUUAAAAAUGCUUUUGAUGUAUGCUCCGACGCAUCCAGAGUUAGAAAAGUUAGAACAGCAAUUGAAGUCACUACAAAUUCAACCCCAGGAUGAUAAUUCUGCUUCGGAUUCUCCAGAACAGAGCAUUGAAGAAGCUAUAUAGUGUUUUGUAUUUUUAGAUAUUUACCUACAUAAGAUUAAAACGUUUCCGUCCUUUACUCUGUAAAUAUUAAAAUAAAGGUUACUAUUAAA